GGACUCUGCUUGGUGUGGGCGGGAUCCGAACCGGCAGAGGCGGGCUUGGGAACCUUGGGGAGGCCUUAGGACUGGACUGGGCGGGGGCCUGGCGGUGGCAGGAAGCCGGAAGCAGCUGCGGCUCCAGUUCCAGAGACAUGGCAGGCGUUAAAGCUCUUGUGGCAUUAUCCUUCAGUGGGGCUAUUGGGCUGACUUUUCUUAUGCUGGGAUGUGCCUUAGAGGACUAUGGCGUUUACUGGCCCUUGUUCGUCCUGAUUUUCCACGCCAUCUCCCCUAUCCCCCAUUUCAUCGCCAAAAGAGUCACAUAUGACUCUGAUGCAACCAGUAGUGCCUGUCGGGAACUGGCAUAUUUCUUCACUACUGGAAUUGUUGUUUCUGCCUUUGGAUUUCCUGUAAUUCUUGCCCGUGUGGCUGUGAUCAAGUGGGGAGCCUGUGGCCUUGUGCUGGCUGGGAAUGCCGUCAUUUUCCUAACAAUUCAAGGCUUUUUCCUCGUAUUUGGAAGAGGAGAUGAUUUUAGCUGGGAGCAAUGGUAGCACUUUAUUCGGAGAGAGUGCAUUGAAUUUCUUAGAACUCA